AUGGCCCCCUCAGCAACCGAACCCGCCCGAGCCACCACCGCAAUCCAUCCAGGGAAAGUCGCAGGCACGAAGCCGUGGGUGAAGAACACAGGAUCCUUGGACCAGGAUGAGCAUAUUGAGGUGACGCCAGUGAUUGGCAGAGAGUACCCUCACGUCAACCUCGUGUCCUUGCUCCAGGCACCAAACUCCGAGGAACUUCUCCGAGAGCUUGCUCUGACCAUCUCCCAACGCGGAGUUGUCUUCUUCCGAGCCCAAGACAACCUGACAGCAGACCUACAAAAGGAACUCAUCCAACGCAUCGGUCUCGCCUCUGGAAAGCCCUCCACCUCGGGCCUCCACAUCCACCCCAUCCUCAACUCGGAGCGCGAGGGAUACCGUGUCACAGACCCCGAAAUCAGCACCAUCGACUCCGAAUUGAACAAGAAAAUCUACAAAGACGCAGGAAAGUUGUCCAUCGCCACACAAUCCAAGAAGCAGAACAGUGGACAAUGGCACUCCGACAUUGCUUUCGAGCCUGUUCCUGCAGACUACUCGUCUUUGAGACUUGUGAACUUGCCAAAGACUGGAGGUGAUACGCUUUGGGCGAGUGGGUAUGAGAUUUAUGACCGGAUUUCUGCGCCUUAUCAGAAGUUCCUUGAGGGCUUGACGACUACUUUCAGUCAACCUGGUUUCAUUGAAGCUGCUGAACGUGGUGGUUUUACGAUCUAUGAUAAGCCGCGUGGUGCCCCUGAGAAUGUUGGACGAGAGCUUACCGCCGUGCAUCCUGUGGUUCGCACGAACCCUGUUACUGGUUGGAAGAGUAUCUUCCCUGUCGGGGGACACAUCAGUCAUAUCAAUGAUAUUACUGAGUUGGAGAGCAAGGCAUUGUUGAGGUGGUUUAGCAGGUUGCUGGUUGAUAACCAUGACUUGCAGGUUAGAUUCAAGUGGAAGAAUCCAAAUGAUAUCGCGAUCUGGGAUAACAGGUCUACAUUCCAUACUGCUACAUAUGACAUCGAGGAUCAAGGGGAGAGAUACGGUGUUCGCACUGUCAGUAUUGGCGAGAAGCCUUUCUUCGAUCCUGAGAGCAAGAGCAGAAGGGAAGCCUUGGCGGCUAAGGCUUAA